CUUUUGCCAAUAACAAUAUUUGAUAGGUAAAGCAUUGAGAAGUGAGAAGAUGGAAGUGAUGAAGAAAGCAGGCAGGGGAGGGAGAAAUGGUAAAAUCUAGCAAGAUUUUUUACAGCAAAGAGACAGACAAGUCUGAAGCUUUCCACCAACGAAACUGUAAAUAUGGAAACAACAGCCGCAGCAGCACCCACGUUCUCGCCUCAUCAGCUCCACAACAAGUCCAACCUCAUCACUGUCCCUCUUCACACUUCCCAAUUUUCUCGCUCCAUGUCCAUUGUACCAAUCCUCUCUUCUACCGUUUAUGAUCCAAGCCAUGAAAGUUCCUCCCCGAUUCUUCUCCGGCCCUUCGCCCAAUCCCCCCUUCUACCGUCUUCUACUCUUUUUUCUCCUCAUCUUCGCCGAUUCCGUAUCUGGGUUCGGUUCCAUGGGCCCCAUUGCGGCGUCGUUUGGAGAUUACAGCCUCUUCUGUGCCAUUGAUGCAAGCGGGAAGCAGGCUGUGAUUUGUUGGGACGCUAAUAAUAGCUCGUCGACGGCCUCGAGUUCCUUGCAUUACUCCACUGUUUUGCCUCCGAUGGCGGCGCUCUCUGGUGGGGAGGGCUUUCUUUGCGGCAUUUUGGUGAAUACUUCCCAGGCAUUUUGCUGGGAUUCAAUGGGACUGUCUAAAAGCUCUGAUCUUGUUCCUGCGGUAUUCCAGCCCAAUGCUUAUUCUCAUCUUGCUGCUGGUAAGGAUCAUGUUUGUGCGAUUCGGGGAUCUUACUAUUCAGAAAACGAUUCUGGUAGCGUUGAUUGUUGGGAUAUUGUUAGGGUGUCCAAUAACAGUUUAAGCUCGAAACAGAGUGCUCGGUUUUAUGAUCAGUAUGCCAGUGCACUUGUGUUCAGAAAACUUGUUUCUGGUGAUGGCUUUAGUUGUGGUGUUAUUAGAGAUGGGGGUAUUGCUUGUUGGGGUCCAAAUUCUGGUUAUAUAGGAGUCUCUGGCAUAUCAGAGAAUUUUGUGGCCUUAGCUUCAGGGGUAGGCUCAAUUUGUGGUGUUUCACAGAUGUCUGGUGAGGUCAAAUGUUGGGGUGAUAACAAUACAUAUAAUAAUCCUCCAAUUGGUACUAGAUUUGUAUCGCUGGCAGCUGGUGCACAGCAUUUUUGUGGGAUCAGGGAGGACAGUCAUGGGAUCGAGUGUUGGGGGAACUUCAACUUGUCAUUGAUUCCGAAGGGAUCAGGUUUUCUUGCCAUUGCUUCGUCUGACUUACUUUCUUGUGGUAUUAGGGAAAGUGAUUUGGUGCUUGAUUGUUGGUUUGCUAAUGUAACAUCGUCUGCGAAUUACGAUCCUCCAUUGCAGUUAUGCAGUCCAGGCCUAUGCACAGCUGGUAGUUGUGGGGAAGGGAUGUUUGCUUUCAAUGCAAGCCUCCUCAACGAACCAGAUUUGACAAGCUUGUGUGUUAGGAAAGAUCUAAAGAUUUGUUCGCCUUGUGGGUUAAAUUGUUCUGAGGGCUUUUUCCCUUCUAGUUCAUGUACUUCAGAUGCAGAUAGGGUUUGCACAUCUUGCUCUCUCUGCCAGAACAGUUCUUGUUGGGGUGUUUGCAGGCUCCAGUCUUCACGAGAGAUGCGGCAGAAGCACUGGGAUCAAUGGCGUCAACUACUCCUUAUAAUUGGGUCUGCUGCUGCAGGACUCCUGCUAAUUUUGGUUGCCUGGUGUCUUUUACCUCGUGUGAUGGUCACCAACAAAGAAGAAGGGCAGAAGAAAAAAUUUCUGUCCUGCAUUCGCAAGCCUCAGCCGGAAGCUGAGCGAAAUGCUGAUCACCAUCCUCCAGCAUCAGUGGCCCCAUGCCCCGGAGUAGCUCAAGUUUUCCGACUCUCAGAACUAAAGGAUGCAACUAACGGGUUCAAGGAGUUCAACGAGCUUGGCAGGGGAAGCUACGGUUUUGUCUACAAAGCUGUCCUCCCAGAUGGGAGGCAAGUAGCAGUAAAGAGGGCUAAUGCCGCAACAAUAAUCCACACCAAUAGCCGGGACUUUGAAAUGGAGCUGGAGGUCCUUUGCAAUCUUCGUCACGGCAAUAUUGUCAACUUAUUGGGUUAUUGUGCAGAGAUGGGAGAAAGACUUUUGGUUUAUGAGUUCAUGCCACAUGGGACACUUCACGAUCACCUCCAUGGUGGUCUGUCUACUCUAAACUGGAGCCUGAGGCUGAAAAUUGCAAUGCAGGCUGCAAAGGGACUUGAGUACCUACAUAAGGAAGUGGUACCUCCUAUUGUUCAUCGUGAUGUUAAGAGCUCAAAAAUCCUUUUGGAUGCUGACUGGGGAGCUCGAAUUGCAGAUUUUGGGCUGCUCACUCCAAAUGAAAGGGAUCUUACGGCAGACAUGAGAAUGGAUGUUUAUGGAUUUGGAGUUGUACUUCUUGAGAUUCUUAGUGGAAGAAAGUCGUAUGACGGGGACUGUGUCCCUCCAAACAUAGUUGACUGGGCGUUACCUCAAAUUAGACAGGGCAAGGCGCCUGCCAUAAUUGACCGGUAUGUGGCUCUACCUAGAAAUGUUGAGCCUCUGCUUAAACUUGCAGAUAUAGCUGAGCUUGCUUUGAGAGAAGAUCCCAAUGAGAGGGCUUCCAUGUCGGAUUUGGCUCUUUUGCUGGACCAAUUGGUGAAGGAUGGAUUGAUCUUGUAGUUUCAGAUUGUAUUUCUGUAUUCUUCCUUUUAUGCUUUUCGGUGAUUUCUAUCAUUCAAAAAACAAAGCAUAAGAUAGAAUCUUUCCAUGAGUAUGCCCCCACAACUGUACAUUUCUUAUGAGCUUCUUGUAAAUUUUUGUUGCUUACCAAGUCAAAUCUCAGCUUUCCUAAAGUUGAAGAUAUGAACUUUUAUUUGUUAUUUUUUUUUAAAAAAAAAUAAAGAAUAAAGAAUACAGAUAGACUUUUGCCA